AUGCCGCCGCGCCGCCGGGGAGCUUUGGGCUACCGCGGAGUCCACGUGCGUCCGUCCGGCACCUACUUCGCCGAGAUUCGGUCCGGUGACGUGCGCCUCGGCCUCGGAACCUUCGACACCGCUCAGGAGGGCGCCCGCGCGUACAACACUGCGGCGUGGCGCCCCCGGCGGUCCCGUUGGGACAUGAACUUCCCAGACAUGUUUUUCGCCGAGAGGAGAGUGGAGAGGGAGGAGAGGAGGGAGGAGCGAGCCGACUAUCGCGAGGACAGGCGAACGCGGAAGGCGGUCGCUAAAUUCAACAUCGCGCUAGGAGAUGCGUCGUCCUGGGACUCCAACAAUGAGCGGUUCCUUAACGCCUACGCUCAGACGUCGGAGGAGGACAUCACCGAGGCAGAGUCCGAGUCAGAGGAUGACGAGUAG